UUUUUGGGAGGAGUCCAGUGUUACAACACCCUGCCCAGGCUCACAGAACAGUGAAAGCUAAACAUCCCUGCUUGAAUUAAGUGACCCAAAUCAGUGCUCUUUUUGUUUUGAGUUUCAAGAUAUCUUCAGAUAUACAUUCCAGGAGAUUGCAACUCUCCUGUGGUUCAUAUUCUGAGAGCUUGGCUGAGUUCUCUCUCUCUCCUCGCACCUAACCAACCCGGACUCAUUGUACAGCUGAAGAUCGAAGCAUCAGGGCAUUGCUGAAGAAAUCUCCAGAGAGGCUCAGACCAUUACUGGCGAUAUGGCAAAUAACUACAAGAAAAUUGUUCUGCUGAAAGGAUUAGAGGGUAUCAGUGAAUAUCAUUUUAAAUUAAUUAAGUCUUUACUGACCAAAGAAUUAAAACUGAAUAGAAAAACACAGGAGAAUUGUGAUAGAAUUACAAUGGCAGACUUGCUGGAAGAAAAGUUCCCAAGUGAUUCUGGAGUGGGCAGACUGAUUCAAUUGUUCAAAGAUAUACCAGGACUUGAAGAUCUCGCUCAAACUCUUAAAAAAGAAAAGACAAAAGUUCAAAGGAAGUCAAAAGGGAAAGAAACCACUUCAGGACAAAAAAAGAAGCAGGAUGAACCCAGUGGUACCCAAUCUACACCUGCCAAAAAUGGAGAUUUGAAACCAAAGAAAGCCAAAGCUAUAAAAACUACAGACUCUGAAAGAAUUAAGGAGCAGAGUCAGAGUCCGGAAUCUUCAAUGACUGGCACACAGAAAACCCAAGGCUCUUCCCAGACUUCUCUGCCUCUUCCACCAAAAUGCAGCUCCUCAAUCAAGCAACCUGAUGCUGUGCCAUCUGUGUCUGGGGUAAAAGAGCAAGGAACAGCUAGUCCACAUCCACAAACGGUGAAGAAAAAGGAAAAAACCACCAAAGUGAAAGACGGGGAACAAAACCUGCAAUUUCAGAGGGAGAUCUCGCUUCCAGGAACUUCAGCCACCAGCACACACUCAGCAAAGGCUCAGCCUCAGACCUCUCCCAAACUUCCUCCUCCUCCUCCCAGCAGUUCCACAGCCAAGGGGAAAAGAGCCACCAAAAUGGAUGACUGGGAAAGAAACUUGCUAUCCAAGAGGAAGCUCUGGCUAGAAGAAUCUUCAGCCACCAGCACACAGCCAGCACAGGCUCAGCCUCAGACCCCUCCCAACCGUCUUCCCCCCACUUCCAGCAGUUCCACAGCCAAGAAACAAAAGCUGCCAACUUUACCUAAGGAACCUUCCAGUGAACAGGGCUACCAGACGGAGCCCAAAGAAGUGAUGGUGCUGAAAGUCACUCCGCUGUUUGUGUACCAAGGAGAGAAAACCAUGUUCCAUGCAACAGUGGCUACUGAGAGCGAAUUCUUCCGUGUGAAGGUGUUUGAUGUCAAGUUGCAGGUGAUGUUCAUCCCAAACAGGAUCAUUAUCAUCACAGAAUAUUUUGGCCACAAUGGGUUCCUGGAGAUAUACAGCAUCACUGGGGUGUCUCCUGGGCAUCCCGAGCAGAAGCUGAACAUCCCAACUACACUGAGGCACAACGCCAGUGCAACACCAAAAAUCAAUUAUCUUUGCUCACUAUGUCCAGGGAAAUGUGUGAACGGGACAUUUUUGGUGUAUAAGAAAACUGUGAGGAAUGAAUGCACUUAUUAUGAAAUACAAGAUAACACAGGGAAGAUGGAAGUAGUGGUGUUUGGAAGACUGACUCAUGUUGACUGUGAGGAAGGUGAUAAAAUCAAACUCGUCUGCUUUGAACUGGGCUUAAGCAUGGACAAGUGGCAGCUGAGAUCCGUCAUUCACAGUUACAUGGAGGUGAUUAAGACCCGGAAAGACAAGACACAUGCUCCCAACCCUGAUUCAAAUAAAGAUACAUCCGAACAGUCCUCCAUUCCGAACUACUGGAAUUUCGCUAAGUAAGAAAGCACUCGCCUAGCAGAUGCUAAGGUUUGAUCUUCUGCACCUUAGAAAAUAAGUCAAUAAAACAAAAGUCUUGUGGAUGUCACCAAUAAUGAUGUUUCUAUUGAUAGAAAAAUAUAAAUGUGUGUGAAUGUGUAGUUAGAACAGUCAAUAAAGAAACCAGUUUGUAAUUCUAGGGAAUGGAAUUUUAGAGGCACUUUUUCCUUUGUUUUUAUGUACUUUAAUGUCUUCCAAAUUCCCUAUUUUGCAUAAUCUGAAGUAAACAAUUUUUCUAAAGCAAUGCUAA